GGUGCCUUUUCUACCUAUUUAAGAAGUUUAAAGGACUCCCAAAAAAGAGGAAGGGUGACGGGAAAGAUUGAUCACAAGAUUGUGUGUCGGAGGCAGGGAAGAAUGAGAGAGGUAGGAAACCAGUUACAGUACAUGUAGCAUUCUUUUGCUACAAAAGAAUGCUACAUGUACUGUCUGAGACAACACUACGUCUUUGAUGAUGGCUUUUUGAUGGCUCUGAUAUCUAGGUUUAGUUUUUGGAAGUAAGUCAGUUAGUUUGAUGUCAAGUGCUCUUGAAUAUGUUCAUAAUACAAUCACUUUUAAUUUUUUUAUGGCUCAUGUAACCAUUUGGGCAAGUACAGGCUGUACAUUUCCAAAUUGUGUAUUUCCUUUUUAAAAGCAAUCUUAAACUUGUUUUCAAAGAGUUUGUAAGCAGACUGUUAAUGUGCGUAAGCAACUUUCACGAGAAACAAGGCAAUUUUUGGAAGCAAAGAUAUUAAUUUUGUCUUAUGUUUUCCAGAAAAUAGCUCGGCGAGUUUCUGCCGUGGACCAAAUAGGCUGGGAUGAAGCCAAACAAGAAAGAUGCAAAAAAUUCCUGAUCUUUGAGUACACAAGCUCAGAUGAAAGUGAGCUCUCCGAAGAUGAAACUGGGCCAGAUGUGAAAAGAUUUGUCACAAAGAGGUUGACAUGA